UGUCGUUUAGAAGGCUGUCAAUUGCCAGUUAAGUGACAAGUUUACAUGUGGAGAGUAUUACGGGGACAAUUGUACAUCUGGAGUUUUUACAGUGACAAUUUCACAUCUGGAGUGUAAGUCAAUGACAACUUUACAUCUGGGAUGUGUGACAUUAUUUUGGCGAUGGACGUAUUGCAAUUCAAACCGUUAAUGGAUUGAUUGGCUCACUUGGACCCAUACAUGAUAAACUGGGAAUGUGCGAGAGAUAAUUGAACAUGUUGUUGGUAAUCUACUAGAUAUAUCUGCAACUGCUGGUAAAUAGACGAGACAAAGGCGUUAUGGAAUUAUUGGAAUUUCAGUGUUAUCAUAUACUCACUUAUAGUCAGCUUUAAAAUACUAUGGGUCAAUAUUAUCGCAGAUAUUGUAAAUGGAACAUAUGUGAGUAUUAUGUGUUAAACUGUAAGAAAAUACCUCUAUUGUAAUGCUAAUGGUGGCAUAAAUGAUACUUGAUGUGCAUAAACCAUGCGGUGUAAUUCUGAUGACCUCGCUCAUUACAUGCAAGCAAGCUACAGCCAUGCGUCCAUGCAUAUAUUUAUAACAUUAUCAGCAGUAGCUGUAUUCAUUGGGACCAGGCAUGUAUUCUCAAAAAUACGAAAUGAAAUGGCCAAUUUGACAGUUAUCAUUAUUGGCGCUGGACCAAUCGGACUUACGUCAGCACUAAUUGCAGUACAAUGUAAGCGGGUCCAUCGACUGGUCAUCUUUGAGGAAGAGAACCGUUCAAGAGUGGAAAAUCGGUCAUAUCAAAUAACCAUACAACCCUCUUUAGUUUCGUUCCUAAGAGGUUAUGGAGUAGACUUUGACAAUCUUGAAGGCGAGUGGCAAGAUGGUUGUUUCUACACACGUGUUGGCGUUUACCUUGAAUAUAUCAUACACGUUCUUCCACUGUACAGAGCCGAAACAGAUAUCAAAUUUGGGACAAAGUUCAGCCGGGACUGUAUCGACACCAUCGAUGUCAUGUCAGGAAGAAAGUUGGUGUUAUGCUGUGACGGACGUACGGGCCUAGCGGGCCAGAUUCUAGGUCUGAGUGAUGAAUGUGCCUAUCAUUCCACCGCGUCCUUCGGGGCCCUGGCUGCUAUCGAACGAAGCAGCCAAACCCUUGUGCCAAAACCUGAAAUUCGCGUCCACAACAUUGGAUUUGAUCUUUCUGCCUAUGUGUCAUCAGAAUUGGAAGAAAAAUCAAAAUCAACCUUUUCCUUAAAAAUAUUUGGAAACUCAAGAUGUAGAUUUCUUGCACUUGCUGUAAAAAAAUCCGAUACGAAGAUUGUCAAAGCAAUGAAAACUGUGUUGGACAAAUCAAUGAUGCGCAAUAUAUUUCUCAAGUGUUUUAACACCUACAAACGACCAGAGGAAACAAGCAUCAGUGACUCGUUCUGCCUUAACAACAUGAAAUUUAGUCCCCGUCUGUUUGAAAUCAGGCUUUCUCAGAAAACUGAGACCGCCGCCUAUAUAUCCGACUGUGACACCUUUGUGAUAACUGAAGGAGAUGCAUCGAGGUCAUUUAAUUUCAACACAGGAAUGGACAUAAACCUCGGACUGAAAAGCCUUUCAUCGUUAAAACCAUUUAUAGAGCGAAUAACAGUUGCAGAAACAGAGUACAAUAUCAUGUCAUCACUUAUAUACAAAAUGGAACAUUCCGAUAGAAUAUGCAAAUACUUUCUAAAAUAUGGUUUAAAAGAAUAUUUAUUUAUGUGAUAUGCAUUUUGUUAUCGUAUACAUUUAUGUCCCUGAUGGUUUGCUUCUAAAAUAUCAAGCGCUCUUUUCCUUUAUG